AUGGACGUUGAACGCGAGUUACCAGGCCUCGAAGGUGUCGAUGAAGACUUCCUGUUCAACGAACCGUACGUGGUGCCGUUUGGUGGGGGCGCCGGUGCCACGGUCAUGGCUCCCGGUCCCGGGGAUAAGAACCCAUUUGCACGUUAUGAGGUGGGCAUGUCUGAAGUUUUGGAAACGAACGUCUUCGCGCCUUUCAAGUCAAAGAUGGAGUGGUGUAUCGCACGAUGGGCGAAGACGCGAGGGCCAAGUGCGACCGCUUUCAAUGAAUUUCUGGCCAUCAAUGGGGUGCUCGACGCCCUGCAACUUUCGUUCAAGAACACUAAGGAACUAAACAAGAUUCUGGAUUCCUCUCUACCCACGCGCCCCAAGUUUGUGCGGCACGUCGUCAAGGUCGAUGGCGAGGAGUAUGAUCUGUGGCUCCGAGAUGCCAUGCAGUGCAUUCGCGUGCUGUUUGGAUCCUCGGAUUGGGCCGCCGACAUCCUCGUGGCUCCCGAGAAGCACUACGUCGAUCAGACCAAGACCACACGAGUGUAUGGUGACAUGAACACAGGCGAAUGGUGGUGGCGCUUGCAGGUAUGUCAAAGCUUCUGA